AUGGCUGCCCAGGUCCCCGAUAAGGCUCUGGAGGAGCUCAAGGUAUCCGAAGGCACUGCUACCAACGGCGCCGCCUCCAAGACAGCCGCUCCCGAGGAUGGCGAUGCGGGCGACGAUUCCGACGAUGACGUCGACGACAAUGCUGCUGCCAACGGUGGCGACGAAGCCGGUACCGGUGCUGCAAAGAAGAAGAAGAAGAGAAAGCCCAAGAAGAAGAAGAAGAACCCCACCAGCCAGACCGAGCCUCCUACCGUCCAGAUGAAGAAGCUUUUCCCCAAGAGCGACUUUCCCAAGGGCGAGGAGGUCGAAUACAAGGACGAGAACCGCUUCCGAACUACGAAUGAAGAGAAGCGCCACCUCGACAACCUCAACAGCGACUUCCUCACCGACUACCGCGAGGCCGCCGAGAUCCACCGUCAGGUUCGACAGUAUGCCCAGAAGACGAUCCGUCCCGGCCAGAACCUUACCGACGUCGCCGAGCUUAUUGAGAACAGCGUGCGCGCCUUGACAGGCCACGACGGCCUUACUGAGGGCGAUGCCAUCGUUGCCGGCAUGGGUUUCCCUACCGGCCUGAGUCUCAACCACUGCGCUGCUCACUUCACCCCCAACAUGGGCAACAAGGUUGUCCUGGGCCAGGAAGAUGUCAUGAAGGUGGAUAUCGGUGUUCACGUCAACGGCCGCAUCGUCGACUCGGCCUUUACCAUGGCGUUUGAGCCCAAGUACGACAACCUGCUGGCUGCCGUCAAGGCCGCCACCAACGCUGGUAUUGCUGAGGCCGGUAUCGAUGCCCGCCUUGGCGAGAUUGGUGCCGUCAUCCAGGAGACUAUGGAAAGCUACGAGGUGGAAAUUAACGGCGAGACAUUCCCCGUCAAGUCGAUCCGCAACCUGUGCGGCCACAACAUCUUACCCUACAGCAUCCACGGCACCAAGUCGGUGCCCAUCAUCAAGAGCGACGACCAGACCAAGAUGGAGGAAGGUGAUGUAUUUGCCAUUGAAACCUUUGGCAGCACUGGUAUUGGCCGAGUUGUUGAUGAGGGAGAAUGCUCCCACUAUGCUAAGAACUCUGAUGCGCCAAAGGUCGAUCUGCGACUGAGCUCGGCCAAGUCCCUGCUCAACGUAAUCACCAAGAACUUCAACACACUGCCUUUCUGCAGACGCUACCUAGACCGUAUCGGCCAGGAGAAGUAUCUUUUGGGACUCAACAGUCUUGUCAACGCUGGCAUUGUCGAGGCUUACCCGCCGUUGGUGGAUAAGAAGGGCUCUUACACUGCCCAGUACGAGCACACAAUUCUGAUCCGACCUACCGUGAAGGAAGUCAUUAGCCGUGGUGAAGACUACUGA